AUGCUUUCUAUAUUUUCACAUUGCUUUAAUAUUAUUGGAUAUUUUAUUUUAUCAUAAAUUAUUUUAGCAAAUAAGAAAUAUAAAAAUAUUAGCAAUAAAACUCCUGCUACUGCUAAGUAGCUCAUAGGCGAUACCCAAUCUACAAAAUCAUAAGGUGGUUCAUAGGUAAAAGUCACAAUAAUAUUAUCUAUCAUAUAAACACAACUAAUAAUAUAUACAAGAAUCAAGUGCUUCCAAGCGAAUCGAAUGUUAUUGAUAAAAAAAUCAAUAUUUAUGCACACAUAAAUUAAUCCAUGUUAAAGAACUUAGUUGAAGAUAUACCAUUUAUCAUCCAUUUCAUCUUCUGGAGUAUCUGGAAAAUCUGCAAUCCAAAACAUAAGCACAAUAACAAAUGAAGUGCUAAACGCAAAAUGA